AUGAAACUCUUGACGGCACAAGAUGUUAUCGACACUGUCGGCAGCGAGUUCAGCCUGAAUGCUAAGCAGUGGGUUGCAUUCCGUAUCAUUGCUGAAUUUUUCAUGGCCAAAUAUGUUGAAAAGCGGUUGCCAGAAGAGGAGCAGUUGCGGAUGCUUAUGAUGGGUCCAGGAGGCACUGGGAAAACACAUGUGGUCAAAGCUGUUCAACGCGUAAUGGAACACUAUGGCUGUGCACAUCUCAUCAGAUUCCUCGCUCCAACUGGAUCUGCAGCAGCACUCAUCAAUGGCAUGACAGUACACAAGGGCCUUGGCAUCAAGAUUAAGAGUAAAAACAGAGGGAAGGGCAAUCACAAUGUUGGUGCCAUGGCAGAAGAUUACUCUUUCAUUCUGCUCGAUGAGGUGUCAUUAGUGGGUCUGCAGUUGUUGGCCGAAAUUGACCACACCUUG